GCAAAGGGAAAGGAUUUUUGUGUUUACUGGUGCAAGUUGGUUUCCCAAUGUUUUAUUAAGCCUAAUGUUGAGGCAUUUUACAGAGAUUAUACACUCACUCAGUCAGUCACUCAGUCCAACUCUGGAGCACCUAAAUCCAUAAACUGGGACACAUUUCACUCAGCGGUUUGAUUCUACAGAAACAACCAAAACUUUGGACUGUUGUUAGAUUUCUUCUUUAAUUCCAAACGUACUUAAAAUUGUCACAUUUUAGAAUUUUUUUGUGGUGCACUGCCACUUUGUCCUUUCAUAUUUUGUCACUUCAACAACAUUCAGUUUUCAAGAAGACAGCGGACCUUACUGCAUUGAACACUUUAUGCCACAAUGGAUGAAAUCACUCGCUUGUUUGGCACCGUGGGACGCGUUCGCUCUGACAGCCUUUCCAGCAAUGCCACGCAGUCUACAGGCAGCAAACUGGUUUUGCGCCAUCGGCUCAACCAGCUGAUGACGUGCAUGGACGACGUGGACCCCAAAAACGAGCUGCAUGAGGACAUGGUCAAGACUCUGGAUAAAGCCAUCCUCUUCUGUGGCAAGAGCGCCAACAAGCCAAAAAAAAACAGUUUCAGGCUACACAUGGUGACGUGGAACGUGGCCACAGCUGAUCCUCCCGAUGAUAUGACCUUGCUUCUCCAUCUGAAUUCCCCAAAGAGACCAGACCUCUACGUUAUUGGUUUGCAGGAGGUGUACUCAGGGCCAUUGAGGUUUGUGUCGGACACUAUAUUUGAUGACCCGUGGAGUAACCAGUUAAUGGCCACCUUAGCACCACGGAAAUACAUUAAGGUGUCAUCCAUCAGAAUGCAGGGUCUGCUGCUGCUCUUCUUCUCCAAACUGAAGCAUGUCCCCUUCAUCAGAGACAUUCAGGCCACAUACACACGCACAGGCAUUUAUGGUUACUGGGGUAACAAAGGCGGCGUGUCUGUCCGUCUGUCUUUCUAUGGCCACAUGCUCUGUUUCCUCAACUGUCACUUGGCUGCACACAUGAAGUACGCCACAGAGAGAGUGGAUGAGUUUGAGUACAUCAUGGAUACGCAGACCUUUGACUGCAAAAAGGCUUCAAGAAUUGUUGAUCACAGGCUGGUGUUCUGGUUUGGAGAUCUCAACUUCCGAAUUCAGGACCAUGGCAUGCACUUUCUCCGCUCCUGUAUCAAUAAUCAAACCUACAACCUGCUGUGGAGCAAAGACCAGUUGACCAUGAUGAAGAAGAACGAACAGAUGCUCCAGGAGUUUGAGGAAGGGCCUCUGGACUUUCAACCCACAUACAAGUUUGACUUAAACUCCGAUACUUAUGACAGCAGGCUCUACAGGACAUGGUUUGGCUUUAACGGCAAGAAGCGUAAACCUGCCUGGACCGACAGGAUUCUGUGGCGGCUACGACCCAGGGCCCCACCCUCUGACGAGCAAGAUAAAAACAGGGUUGGACCGGAUGCGAAGAAGGUUGGGCACCCGGAAGAGGAUGAGGAGUACCCGCUGAAGAUCAGGCAGGACUUGUACACCAGCAACAUGGAGUACGGCAUCAGUGACCACAAACCUGUCAUCAGUGUCUUCACACUGGAGCUGAGGAAGAUGUACGAGACUCCUCUGGUGCGUCUGCAGGCAGAGGGCGACUGGAGCGCAGACAUUGAUGCAAUGGUUCUGUACAGCCCUCUGCAGCCGUUCCCCUCCAGUACAUGGGACUGGAUCGGACUCUAUAAGGUUGGAUUCACCUGUGUGUCGGACUACAUCACCUACACGUGGGUCAAAGACGACGAAGUGGCCUUCAAUGAAGAAGUCAUACAGGUAUAUGUUAGUAAAGAGGAAAUCCCUGUGCGGGGAGGAGACUGUUUGCUGUGCUACUACAGUAGUAAUCUGCGGUGCAUUAUUGGAAUCAGUGAACCAUUCAAGGUCCAUGAGUCCAAGGUAGCCACUGAGGAGGGCUUGUUGCCUGAGAAGAUCAAUGGACUUGACAAAACCAUAGCGAGCGAAAACUUUUUGAACUGAUCUAUCAGUGCGGGAUGAUGUAGAAAUGGACCUGGAUUGUUGUUGGAUCGUUUCCUAACUUGUCACAAAAGGUGCCGAUUAGGAAUUGUUUCCUGUUAAUGCUGUUACACAUGCCCACUGACUUCUCUAACACUGCCGGUGUGGCCAUUAGUUACUUAAAUUUAUCUUUUCUCCCACUGGUCUCUGGGGUCACAUUUUUUAUAUGUUGACCAGAAUGGAAGGUCUGACUGAAAUCAAGCAAAGCAGAAGCUAUGAGCAAUCCUUCAUCAACUGACUUAAAACCUGAGAAUGUUAGCGUAGAACAAAGAAAUGCCGGCUUUGUGUCCCGGCUUAAAGCUUAAUAAAAUGACUAAGUUACUAUACUGUGUACAAGAUUGCUGUAUAAGAUAUGAUGAAGUUAUUUGAUUGGAUGUUAUGCGUUUGGUUAAUGAGGAAUUUGGUUGCUAGGUUAGACAUAUUGAUAAAACAGAAGGUGAAGUAUGUUCUGUACAGGCCUGCUGCUUUGUGUGAUCAAUCCUGUGCGUCAGUUGAUGAAAGGAAGCGCUCCUUUCAAAGCUGUGUUUUAGAAAAUCCAAAUAUUUGUCUCCAUGUUUUAAUGCUGGAUUUCAUGCUCUUAAGCUGGAACACUGAAUAUUUGAGUCUGGCUAGUUUGGAAGGGUGAAAACACCCUAGCCAAAAUUCACCGGACUGCUACGGUUAUAACAAGAAAAAGGGAAUUGCAAAACUAACAAAGCUCAUUGGCCAUUUUUAGUUUUUACAUUAAUUUGUUGUCAUUUUGCAGCGAAAUGAUUUACGCUCAAAUUUCAUUUUCCUUCCUUUCUUUUCUCUGUACAAAUGAAAUGUACGAGAGUCUGGUGUGUGUGUGUGUGUGUGUCAGACUACUUGUGGCUCAUUUUCAACUUGCAGUCCCAUUAGCCCACCUGCACUUUGCAGUUGUUGAAACAAUAUUCAUUCCCUUU